AUGUCGGCGUUUCGUGCUUCUCAAGGAGCUUGCCGACUCUCUCGACGCAUUGCGAAACCUGGACCCUUUCCUACGAGCCUCCCCCUCUGUACUGCAUCUGCAUCCCGCGGUGUUGCAACACAUAGCCUGCCCAGCCAGGCCAAUGCCAUAUCAGUUUUACCGUCACUUGUCGAUCCAUCGUCCGAAGGAUAUAGGGAAAAUGCAAAACAAAUGGGAGAAGUUAUGGCACGUCUCGAGGAGUUGACGAAGAAGAUACAUCAAGGCGGUCCUCCAAAGGCACGAGAUAAGCACAUCGCGAGGAAGAAGAUGCUUCCCAGAGACCGGGUUACGGCAUUGGUUGAUCCUGGGACAUCGUUCUUGGAGCUGUCUCCUCUUGCUGGCCAUGAAGUGUAUCCCGAAGCGGAGGUUCCUGCUGGGGGCAUUAUCACCGGCGUAGGGGUGAUUGAGGGUGUCACUUGCAUGAUUGUUGCCAAUGAUUCCACGGUCAAGGGUGGCACUUAUUAUCCCAUUACCGUGAAGAAGCAUUUGAGGGCCCAGGCGAUUGCACAGGAGAAUAACUUACCUUGUGUAUAUCUAGUCGAUUCCGGCGGCGCCAACCUUCCACAUCAAGCUGAUGUCUUCCCCGAUCGCGAACACUUUGGGCGUAUCUUCUAUAACCAGGCGAGGAUGAGCUCCAUGGGAGUACCUCAGAUCUCCGUUGUAAUGGGACCGUGUACCGCCGGUGGUGCAUACGUCCCAGCGAUGUCUGACGAAAGUAUCAUUGUCGGAGAGCAAGGCCAUAUCUUCCUCGCCGGCCCUCCACUAGUCAAGGCAGCAACUGGCGAAGUUGUGAGCGCAGAAGAACUUGGUGGCGGGAAAAUGCACUCAUCCGUCUCCGGGGUGACAGAUUACCUAGCUGUAGACGAUGCCCAUGCUCUUGUCCUUGCCAGGAGAUCUAUCAGCAAUCUCAAUUGGCCGAAAAAGCAAUUCCCUCCUCCCUCGACAUAUCAAGAGCCUUUGCACGACCCGGAAGAGCUUAUCGGCAUUGCCAGCACGAAUCUGCGACGACCUCUCCCAAUCCAUGAGAUAAUAGCACGAAUUGUGGACGGUAGUGUGUUUUCAGAGUUCAAGCGCGACUAUGGAAGCACGCUUGUCACAGGGUUUGCACAUAUUUAUGGCCACAAAGUUGGUAUUAUUGCCAACAAUGGGAUUCUAUUUAGCACCUCGUCCCUGAAAGGUGCUCAUUUUAUUGAGCUAUGCUGCCAACGGCAAAUACCCCUAAUAUUCCUUCAAAACAUCAGUGGCUUUAUGGUUGGCACUGAUGCCGAGAGGGAAGGCAUUGCAAAAAACGGAGCGAAGCUUGUGACUGCUGUUGCAUGCGCCAACGUACCAAAGUUCACCGUUGUCGUCGGAGCAAGUAAUGGUGCUGGGAAUUACGGAAUGUGUGGGAGGGCUUACGGUCCGAGAUUCUUGUGGAUGUGGCCGAAUGCGAAGAUUGGUGUAAUGGGCUCAGAGCAAUUGACGGCCGUUAUGGAAACUGUUGGGAAAGCAGUAGAUCCAGAACUCAAGGCGAGAAUUGAGACGGAGAGUGAGGCAGUUUUCUCAUCUGCCAGAUUAUGGGAUGAUGGCGUUAUACCCCCGAGCCAGACACGGAGAGUACUCGGAUUGGGUUUGAUGGCUGCUUUGGGCGGGAAGAAUGAACCGGUUGCUACGAAAUUUGGAGGGAAAGGAAAAGGCGGCGGGGAACCUCGGCAAGUUAAUAAGUUAACCCGCAUCAACGGAGAGCGGUUACAAUCGGCGUUAUUGUUCCUCGACUUCCAGCUCGAGAUCGUCACUGGACUCAAUGGACUCCGUAGUGUCAACAAUCGUCCAUCAAGAGCGAGAGAUCUCUCUUGCUCCUACAAUUUAAUUGCCUCUGACGAUACUACGUAUAAUUAUUCCAAACUUCAUGCCGUCCUAAUGCUGCCAGCUUCUAGAUCGCGGGCAAUUGCCCGUCGUGUCUUUGCUGCUACUGCCACUGCCCCUCAAUCCCGCUAUCUCUCAACCCCAAGCUCCUCAGCUUCCGUCUCCUCCCCAAUUGCCUCCGUUCUUAUAGCCAACCGUGGCGAAAUAGCUCUACGAGUAGGCCGGACGGCCGCCGCACUUGGUGUUCGAUGUACGACGAUUUACACCGAUCCAGAUUCGCAUUCCCAACAUGCGCUCUCGAGUCCCUUCUCUGUGAACCUAGGCGCGCCGAAUGCAUACUUAGAUGGGGAACGCAUUAUCUCAGUUGCAAAGGAACAGGGCUGUGAGGCCUUACAUCCCGGCUAUGGAUUUCUCAGUGAGAAUUCAGCCUUUGCUAAGAGAUGCGUUGAGGAAGGGUUGGUGUUUAUUGGGCCGCCAUGGAAGGCUAUCGAGGCUAUGGGGAAUAAGUCGAGGAGUAAAGAGAUUAUGAUUGCAGCUGGAGUGCCCUGCAUACCGGGCUACCAUGGGAAGAACCAAGAUCCUGCAUAUCUUUUGGAGGAGGCUAAGAAGAUUAAUUUCCCUGUCAUGGUGAAAGCCGUGAAGGGUGGAGGUGGGAAAGGAAUGCGGAUUGCGUUAAAUGAAGGCGAGUUUCUGAGUAAACUGGAAAGCGCAAAAAGCGAAGGCAGGAAUUCUUUUGGGGAUGAUGAGAUGCUGAUUGAGAAGUAUAUUGCUACUCCGCGGCAUAUUGAGGUCCAGGUAUUUGCGGAUAAGCACGGAAAUGCGGUGGCUUUGGGGGAGCGAGAUUGCAGUCUUCAGAGAAGGCAUCAGAAGAUUGUUGAGGAAGCACCAGCUCCAAAUCUAGCGGAGAAUAUCAGACAAGAAUUGUGGGAGAAGGCCAGGGCUGCUGCUCUGGCAGUAGGCUAUGAAGGAGCGGGAACUGUAGAGUUUAUUUUCGACAAUGCUACAAACGAAUUCUUCUUCAUGGAAAUGAACACUAGGCUUCAAGUCGAGCACCCUGUGACUGAAGCUAUCACCGGGGAGGAUCUCGUCUCAUGGCAAUUCAAAGUCGCUGCGGGCGAGCCACUUCCUUUAGACCAAGAUACCAUCGCCAAACGAAUAUCAGAGCGCGGAUGGGCCAUCGAAGCUCGUAUCUAUGCUGAGAACCCGGCCCAAAACUUCAUGCCUGAUUCCGGCAAGCUCAUCCACCUUCGAACCCCUGAGAUAUCAGAUAGUGUCCGGAUUGAUGCUGGGUUUAUCCAAGGUGACACUAUCUCAUCAGCCUACGACGGUAUGAUUGCAAAGCUUAUUGUCAGCGGCCCAACAAGAGAAGUAGCGCUCCGGAAGCUAGAUGCUGCGCUACAAGAAUACGAAGUUGUUGGCUUAAAUACGAACAUCGAGUUCCUAAAGAGAAUCUGCAAAAGUCCUGCUUUCAUGAAAGGAGAUGUGGAAACCGGAUAUAUCGAAAAAUACAAAGAGGAGUUGUUUCUUCCUGAGACGGUUGAGCCAACGAUAGUCGUUCAGGCUGCAUUGGGUAUUCUUGCACAGGAGUGCUCGGAUAGAGGAGCAAGCUAUCCGGGAGGACCCCACGGAGAAUCUGUGGGCUUUAAUGCGAGCAACAAGCGGCAGUUCACGUUCCUCCCAUCCAGUGAUCCCAAAUCCCAACCAUUCCUUGUUGAUGUUGAUCAGAUUGGCAACAAUUUAUACAAUGUUGCAGUGAAAAGUCCGGCAAUAGAGGAAUCAUAUACCAAUGUGGUCUGUGAGGGGAAGAGCCGCUCUUCUAUCUCAACGUUCUUCCCUCAUACGAGAAUUGAAAGCACCAUAAUAAUUGACGGCGACAAACUCGCCAUCUUCCAACGAGGCAAGCAAACACAAUUACUACUAUCAACUCCGUCAUGGUAUGAGAAAGCCCUCGGGCUCAAAGACGUGACAAAUAGCGUUCUUGCACCAAUGCCGUGCAAAGUGCUAAGGAAUGAGGUCAAGGAGGGAGAUGAGGUCCAGAAAGAUCAGGCCUUGGUUGUCAUUGAAAGCAUGAAGAUGGAAACGGUAAUCAGAUCCCCACAGCAGGGCGUGGUUGCUAAACUCGUGCAUAAAGAAGGAGAUAUUUGCAAAGCGGGAACGGUACUUGUGCUUUUUGAAGAAACCAGCCCUGAUUCCUGA